AUUUUCAUCAACCUCUUAAUAUUGCAAUUAGCACUCAUUUAUCAUCCUCUCUCUCUCUCUCUCUCUCUCUCUCUAUGUAAAGACAUUAAGAAACACAAAGAGAGACAUAAACAUCAUGUUAUGUUUCAGAUCAAACCCUUAUGCAUUGUUCCUUAUUUUCUUCUUCUCUUCGUUUCUUUUCGGACAUGAAACAGUUUCUAAUGCCUCAAAUGUCCAGACUUUGCAUCUUCCAGGAUAUUAUACAAGUUUUGUGGUUGGGGAGAGAGAGCACAGUGAAGUGUUUCAAUGGAGGAAGAUAGGCCUAGAAAGGAGGAACCUUGCAGAGGACAACUCGUCUUUGAUUUUGGCACAAAAGAGGACUUAUAGGAGAGACCCUCUUAAUGAUUUUCUAAAGUACACCGGCGGUUGGAACAUCAGCAAUCAACACUAUUGGGCUUCUGUUGGUUUCACGGCGGCUCCUUUCUUUGUCGUUGCCGGUGUCUGGUUUGUGAUUUUCGCAUUAAUUUUGUUCGUCAUAUGUAUCCGUCAUUGCUGUUGUCAACUGAAUUCGUAUGGCUACUCUCGGACGGCGUAUGCUUUGUCCCUUAUUUUCCUCAUACUCUUCACCAUUGCUGCAAUUGUCGGGUGUGUUGUGUUGUAUACCGGUCAGGGAAAGUUCCAUGGCAGUACAACGGAUACACUGGAUUAUGUUGUUAGUAAGGCAGACCUUACUGCUGAGAACCUCAGGAAUGUGUCAGAUUAUCUUUCUGCAGCUAAGAAAAUUAGCGUGGAUGCGACUAUUUUGCCGGCAGAUGUCCAAAGAAGCAUCGAUGACAUUGAAAAGAAGAUAAACUCUUCGGCUUCAACUCUUUCCCGUCAAACAGCCGAUAAUAAAGAAAAGAUCCAGCAUGGCUUAGACAGUGUGAGAUUGGCUCUUAUCGUUCUUGCUGCUGUGAUGCUCUUUUUGGCAUUUCUUGGAUUCCUAUUUUCCAUUCUUGGAUUGCAGUGCCUGGUUUACACGCUAGUGAUCGUCGGGUGGAUCCUUGUUACCGGUACAUUUAUUUUUUGUGGAGUAUUUCACCUCCUCCACAAUGUUGCCGGUGAUGCGUGUGUUGCAAUGGAUCAAUGGGUCCAGAAUCCCACUGCUCAUACAGCGUUGGAUGAUAUUCUGCCAUGCGUCGACAAUGCAACAGCCCAAGAGACCUUGUUACGAACCAAGAACGUCACUCAUCAACUUGUGAACGUCGUGAAUGGCGUCAUCACCAAUGUAUUCAACCGAAAUUUCCCGCCGCAAAUGGCACCUUUAUAUUACAAUCAGUCUGGUCCAUUGUUGCCGGCUCUCUGCAAUCCGUUUUAUUCUAAUCUAACAAAUCGAGAGUGUGCGGUUGGUGAAGUGAGUUUGCACAAUUCUUCAGAGGUUUGGAAGAACUAUGUAUGCCUGGUUUCAUCCUCUGGUAUUUGUUCUACACCCGGGCGAUUGACCCCUCAAUUUUACACUCAGAUGUCGGCAGCAGUGAACGUCAGUUACGGUCUGUAUCGUUACGGUCCAUUCCUUGUUAACUUGCAAGACUGCACUUUCGUGCGUGAUGCAUUCACGGAUAUCAGUCAUGAACAUUGUCCCAGUCUGCGUCGAUAUAGUCAAUGGAUCUACAUCGGAUUAGUAAUCGUCUCGGCCGCCGUCAUGUUGUCGUUGAUCUUCUGGGUCACCUACGCAAGAGAGAGAAGGCACCGUGUUUACACCAAACAGUACGAUGCUAGAUACGAAGGCCAAUACAAUGGUCGAUAGGACUCCGACCCUAACGAUUACGGUCUUAAUUUUCUCGUGUAUUUCGAGUAACAUGCAUUACAAAAAUUUGUACAUUAUGUUUGUUGUCGGAGAAGCCUAAUUAGGGUUUGAAAGCCUGUUCUUGAA